UAAAUACUUCUAGCAAGGCUUGAAAAGAAAAUGCAGAGUGAAUAGUGAGAAGGGAGUAUUUGAGGUCUUGCAUGCUUUGGUUGGAGUUUGAUUUACAUAAUCAAAGCUUUUGGUUUUCUGAUGGAAAUGGAGAAUGAGAAUGGCAUCACACAACAGGCUCCGAGACCAAAAUAUGAUUGCCUCCUAUUUGAUUUAGAUGAUACUUUGUAUCCCCUCAAUUCUGGUCUUACAAAUGAAAUUGUCCUAAAUAUUCAAGACUACAUGGUUGAAAAGCUUGGCAUAGAACCAAGUAAAACAGAAGAAUUGGCCAACCUUGUUUACAAUAACUAUGGAACUACUAUGGCUGGUCUGAGGGCAAUUGGAUACGACUUUGACUAUGAAGAAUAUCACAGUUUUAUUCAUGGGAAAUUACCUUAUGAGAACUUGAAGCCAGACCCAGUUCUAAGAAAUCUGCUUCUUAGCCUGCCUUAUAGGAAGCUUAUCUUCACCAACGGAGACAAAGUCCAUGCGAUUAAGGCACUCAAAAGGCUUGGGUUGGAAGACUGCUUUGAAGGAAUCACAUGCUUUGAGACCCUUAAUCCUGUCCACAAGAGCACUGUUUCUGAUGAUGAAGAUGACGUGGAGUUUGUGGGUUCAAAGACCACAAAUCCAAAUGUAACACCUGAAAAUGGUGUAAAAAGCUCUGAAAUCUUUGACAUCAUACAGCAUUUUGCUCAACCUGAUCCCACUACAGUCCUUCCAAAGACACCAAUUAUCUGUAAACCAUCAGAACAUGCCAUUGAACUUACCCUCAAGUUAGCCAACCUUAACCCACAAAGAACCUUGUUCUUUGACGAUAGUGUCCGCAACAUACAAGCUGGGAAACGAGUGGGUCUUCACACUGUGCUGGUUGGUACAUCCCACAGAGUUAAAGGUGCUGAUUAUGCAGUGGAAAGCAUUCACAAUCUUAAGGAGGUAGUGCCUGAACUGUGGGAGACUAACAUAAAACCACAAGUUGCAAUCCCGGGGACUGAGAAGCUUGCAGUGGAGACACCAGUGAUAGCCUGAGACUGCAAGAAUGCCCCCUUUAAUUAUUGACUUAUCGAUAAUAAAUUUAAAUAAAGGACAAGCCAAUGGGGGCUUCCCAUCUUUAGAUGGAUGUGAUAGUUACUGAACUUGAUGUCAAUGCUUAGUUCUUGACAAAAAAUAAAAGUUAA